AUGGGCCCAGCGGUGCCUUGAUGGAGCAUGGGACAGGUUCUAGGAUUCUCCCACUGCAAGGAAUUCGGGUCAGUUUCCUCCACACCUGACUCCACUCCUCCCUGCACUGAUGGUGGGAAUGAGGAGUCGGACUUCCCGGAGCUGCAGACGGCGAGGGAGUGGUCCGAGGAUGAGUACGACGAGGGGGGCACCAGCAGCCCGUCGGUGUGGGGGACCCCGCGACAGAACUCCUUCGAGCUCACCUUCUCCUACAUCGCCUUCACCGAGGCCGAGGGGGGCGGGGCCUCCCGGCGCGACUCCGCGGGAGGGGGCCGGCGCAGGGGCGGGGCUCGAGCGGGGCGGGCCUCGCUGAACCGCGCGGACACGGACGAAAGCCUGAUGCCCCCGGAGUCCCCCGAACUCGAGUGGGAACAGCGGGCCUUCCUGCCGGGGGAGGGGGAGGAGGAGGAGGAGGAGGAGGAGGAUGAGGAUGAGGAGGAGGCGGAGGAACCCCAACAGUCAUCCCAACAGCUACCCAAUCUAGAACUGAGAAUGCCGCCCCCGUCCCAACCCAAUCUAGAACUGAGAAUCCAGCCCCCGUCCGAACCCAAUCUAGAACUGAGAAUCCAGCCCCCAUCUGAACCCAAUCUCGAACUGAGAAUCCAGCCCCCAUCUGAACCCAAUCUAGAGCUGAGAAUUCAGCCCCUGUCCGAACCCAAUCUAGAACUGAGAAUCCAGCCCCCGUCCGAACCCAAUCUAGAACUGAGAAUCCAGCCCCCGUCCGAACCCAAUCUAGAACUGAGAAUCCAGCCCCCGUCCGAACCCAAUCUAGAACUGAGAAUCCAACCCCCGUCCCAUUGCUCUGAUCCAGAGCCUCAAAGCAAUGGUGGGGACAGCCCGCGCAGAGAGGAAGAGGAGACCUCAAGCCUUCAUCACGACAGCCAAAAAGACAGCUUCGCAGACCCCCUUGUUGCUACGGAAACCACGACGGCACUGCUCACGUCUGUGCAAAAGCCGGGAAGUGACAUCACUGAGAUGACAUCAUCCGUCUCCACUUCCUCUAUUGGCCAGACCACUCAGGAAGAGCCAGACAGCGAGCAGCGGCUCACAGCGUCGGACCUAUCAGAGGGUGGGGGGAGGUGCCUCCAGGUAUCAGUGACUGAUCUGUUGUACUGGCGGGACAUGGAGCGGACGGGCAUGGUGUUCACGGGCCUGGUGGUGGGGCUGCUGUCCCUGUUCCAGCUCAGCAUCAUCAGCGUGAUCUCCACCCUGUCCCUGGUGGCCAUGUGCUUCACCAUCGCCGUGCGUCUGUACUUCAAGGUCCUGCAGGCCCUCCAGUGGAACGACGGCAAGCACCCCUUCCAGUCGUAUCUGGACAUGGACAUCACCCUGUCCGCGGAGCAGGCAGGGACAUACAUGGAGCGCUUCAUCGUCAUGAUGACGUCCGCCAUCGCAGAGUUCAAGCGCCUCCUGUUCGUUGGCAACCUGCUCGACUCUCUGAAGUUCCUGCUGCUGAUGUACCUGCUGACCUACUUAGGAGAUGUCUUCAAUGGCCUUACUCUUUUGAUUAUUGCUGUGAUCUGUCUCUUCUCCCUCCCACUCUUCUAUAAACAGUACCAGGCGCAGGUUGAUGGCUUUUUGGCCAAAGCCAAAGCUAAUGUGGACAACAUCAAAGAGAUACUUCAAAGACUGGUCCACGGAGGCGGUCGCCCCCAUGACUCUGACUCCACCCCCGGUGGCGCCAAACCCAAAACGCAAUGAAGAGACGGCGGGAAAGAGAGGAGGGGCUACAGGCUGUCACUCACAUGUCUUAACCAGUAGCCUGUGGUUAGGGUUCCGGUCUGUGUGUUGGGAGUGAGCAGUGG